AUGGCAAGACAGCUCGACCUUGUACUUUUAGUAGAUACAACAGGAUCAAUGGGACAAUAUCUAUAUUCAGCACAAAGCAAUAUAAAUAAAAUAGUUAAUACAAUAACAAAUUCAGAGAAAAUAGAUUUAAGAUUUGCUAUUGUAGAAUAUAAAGACCAUCAACCAAAUCAACAACAAUUUGCAUUAAAAAAAUAUGAUUGGAUGAAUGAUAUAAAAGAUAUUCAAAAUGCAAUUAAUCAAUUAAGUGCAUAUGGAGGUGGAAUGGAUGGACCUGAAUCAGUUACUUGUGCAUUUGAUUGUGCAGUUAAUCUUGGGUAUAGAGGGUAUGCAGCUAAAGUAAUAAUUUGGAUUGCUGAUGCACCACCACAUGGAUUUAAUAUUCAAUAUGAUGGAUAUCCUAAUGGAUGUCCAUGUGGAAUUGAUUUUCAAGAAGUUGUAUUAAAAGCAAUAAAAAAUGAUAUUCAAAUUUAUUCAGUUGCUUGUGAACCUAUUAGACCAAUUUAUAGACAUUUUAGAGAUUUAAUGAGAGCCGUUGCUAUGAUGACAGGAGGUCAAUUUAUUGCUUUAAAUUCUGCUGAUUGUCUUGCGGAUGUUAUUAUUGGUGGUUCUUUAGAAGAAGUUGGGAUGAAUUUUGUGAUUCAAAAAAUAGAAAAUGAUUUAAAUAACACAGAAUCAUUUAAAACUAAAACAAAAAAUGAACAAGAGAAAGAAAUUAGAAAAGCAAUUGCUGAAUAUUUUAAAGAAAAUUCUACAUUAAAACAAAUAAAAAUUAAUUCUAUUUUUAAAGGUGAAUUACCUGAAAUUCCUAAAAUCUUCUUUACAGCAACUACUUUUAAAGAACUUGUUGAUGUAUUAAAAACAAGAGAGCCAAAUGUUUAUAAAUUUAAAGAUUCAUUUAAAAUUAAAGAAUAUAUCCCUUAUCCUCAACCGUUUUGGGAUAAAAAUGGAUUGAAUGAAUAUCAAAGAAAAACUCAGAACCUUUGGUCUAACAUAAAUACAAAACAUAUUAAAAUGGAAAUGUGUGAUGAUGAUGAAUAUCAAAAUUAUUAUGGAAUAGGAAAUACUCCUUCAGAAAAUAUCAAUAUUCCUAAAGAAAUUCCUGAAGACUUUAAAGAAGGUGAAAUAGUUAGAAUUAAAGAAACAAGUGUUGGUGUUGAACAUCAAAACAAAAUUUUUGAACGUUUAAAGAAAAGACUUGAACAACAGUAA